CAAAGGAUCAGCGAAGGUGGAGCAAUGGGGCAGGCCUUGCGCCGUGUCACGGGGAAGGUGGGGAGCUCAAGGACGCCUCCGUCUUUGGUCAAGGGCGUAGAGCCGGUGGCGCCGGUGAGACGCCAGGAGCCGACACCCCCCGUUGCCGGCGGGUCUGAUGCAGGUGAGCUCCGAGAGGGUAUUUCAAGGCCUGGUGAUGAUGUUGUGCUUGAAGAGAGAGAUCCUGAUUAUGAUGCCAUGCUUUGUAAAAUGGUUGGAAGAAUCACAACAAAACCUGGUGGAAAACCUGAAAUGGGUGAGGCUUUCAUUGUAGAGAAAUACAACAGACCGAUGCCAAAGCUCCGCACAUCAAAAGCAGAAGCUGAUGGGCAAAAGCCAAUACCUCCGGGAACCCUAACUGCCGUCCAAGUCCAGGAAAUCAUUCUUUUAUAUCAGGGCAAGUCCAGUGAGCACCAAGGGAAAAUGCAAGUUGAUGAGAUAGCAAAAAAAUUCAGUAUCGAUGCCAUUCAAGUGCAGAGAAUAGUCCAGUUCAUCUCGUUGCUUCCGGAAGACCUUAACAGCAAAAAUAACAAAACCUAAACACGGAUAGACAUUUUGUAAUGUAAGAGCAUUCAAUAAAGAGCUGAAAAUUUUGUGUUGUAUUUUUGCAACCUGUUUAUCAAUUGUAAUCAAACCUCACCCUUUCCUGACAAAAAAGAUGAAUACUUUCACCAUACAUGUCAUUGUUUGCCUAAUCUUCA